CUAAAGAUUUGGUGUAUUCACGCAUAUAUGAAAGCUCCUUAAUUAGCAUCCGAAGUUUCGCGAGGGUACGCUUGGAUAGAAUGGAGAAAUUUUCCGCCACCAAAGGAAAAGUGUGCGUGACGGGUGCUGCCGGUUUUGUUGCUUCUUGGCUUAUUAGGCGACUCCUCGAGUCUGGAUAUUAUGUGACGGGAACAGUGAGAGACCCAGGAGAUGGCAAGAAAUUGGCACACCUUUGGGAGUUGGAAGGAGCAAGGGAGAGGCUUCGGCUGGUGAAAGCCGAUCUCAUGGAAGAUGGAAGCUUUGACAACGCUGUAAUGGGUUGUGAGGGAGUCUUCCACACUGCAUCUCCCGUCUAUGUGGCCGGAUCGGAUCCUAAGGUUGAAAUCUUGGAUCCUGCCAUUACUGGUACACUAAACUUGUUAAGAUCCUGCAAAAAGAAUCCAUUUCUCAAAAGGGUUGUUCUUACAUCAUCAUCGUCAACAGUGAGGACGAGAGAUGAUAUAGACCCUAAUUUGCCAUUGGAUGAGACAUCGUGGAGCUCUGUGGAACUCUGCGAGAAGCUCCAGUUGUGGUAUGCGUUGGCGAAGAUGUUAGCAGAGAAAGCAGCGUGGGAAUUUGCUCGGGAGAACAACAUGGACCUAGUAACUGUUCUUCCGUCGUUUGUGGUUGGGCCUAGCUUACCUCGCCAGUUAUGUUUCACAGCUUCACACGUCCUGGGCUUGCUUAAAGGAGAGGCGGAGAGAUUCUCAUGGUACGGCAGAAUGGGGUAUGUUCACAUCGAUGAUGUCGCACGCUGCCACAUUCUAGUGUACGAGACUGGCAGUGCCAGAGGAAGAUAUCUCUGUAGCUCCACCGUCCUUGAUAAUCACGAAUUAGCCGCCUUGCUUGCCAAAAGAUAUCCCUUCUUUCCAAUCCCAGCAAGGUUUGAGGCUCACUACGGGAAGCAGGAUUAUAAGUUCGAUACAUCAAAGUUACAGUAUAUGGGCUUCAAGUUCAAAGGGAUAGAGGAGAUGUUUGAUGAUUGCAUUCAAUCGCUCUACACACAAGGUCAUCUUCCCUAAAAUAACUGGGAGUGUAUAUAUAUAUAUUCAACGAACAAGACUACACCAUUAUAUAUAACAUCUAUUCAAACUAGUAUUAGCUGAAAUGUGACGGCAGUUAUCUUACCGUCCCCUCUAAUGAUCCGUUAUUUUCUACUAAUCAAACGUGCUUUCC